GUGAAACCUGGCGAGAGCCAGACGGUGACGUCGCGUCACCUGCGCGCGACAACGGACCAUCCGGAGCAGGACUUCGACAUCAUCUACGUGCUCGUUAACAAGCCCGAGUUCGGCGAGGUGGUCGCGCGUAACCGUGACAACGUGACGACCAUCGUCGACUCGUUCUCUCAGCGCGAUGUCGACGACAGCCUCAUCGCCUACCUAAACACAAGAGUUCCGGAGAAUCUGCCGGCGGAGGACGCGUUCUCGUUCGACAUUUCUGCGAAGCACGGCAGCACCAUCUAUAACGAGGUGAUGCUGGUGUUGAUCGGUGAAACGACGGAGGGCGAGCGACAGGAGCUGCUGUUCGCUGGAGACCUGGAGGUCCUAGAAGGUGCUGCCAUCACGAAUCAUCCCGGAUUCUCUCAAUCGCGUCGCGCGCAUAGUCGCUGCGGCCGCGCACUGUUCGCCGUCGGCAACCUGCUCUUCGAGAUCUGGGGACUCCGUCGCACCCGACGGUGA